UUGUCAAAAUUAGUUGAGUAGGUCUAGUUUCUUGUAAUUGACCAUAUAAAUUCUUCCAAGAACCAUUCUUCCACGUUAUGAUACAAAAUUCAGUCUCUUUGCUUAACAACUUCGAAUACAAGUUUCAAAAAUCUUGAAAUCUUGUAUCCAUUUUCGGAUUUCUUGAUCAAGAAAUCCAAGAAACGCCCAUUUGAUCACGAAUAGGAUCCCAUUGUGUACAUAUCAUGGGCGGAUGUGCUUCAAGUUCAAGACCCAACAAAAAAUCAAGAUCGGGUAAAUUCUUCUUUUGUUCCGGGAAAUGGUAUAGAAGGGUUUCAUCUUCUGCACCGAUUACUGCUGUUUGUCAAGAGGAGACAUGGUUCGACUCCGUGAGUAUUUUAGGAUCCGACUCCGAUGAUGACUUUAUUAGUGUUUAUGGAGAUUUCAUAUCAUUAGGAAAUGCAAACGAUCAGUGUCCAGAUAACAACGAAAAUGAGAAGCUUUUCAUUAGCAGAAACGGAUAUAAAGAUUCAAAGGGGUCGACAGUUUUUGAUAAAAGCAUGCUAGACGAUGAUCUUUCUUGCUUAACCACUGUUUUUGUGCUUUCUGUGAACCAAAAACCUUCAGAUGGCGAUGAAAAAACCGAAAUUUGUCAAGCAAAGAGAUUCUUGUUUCGACCCAGGUCAGGACUUGUGGUUCCUGGAUCAUUGAAUGAUAAGUUGAGUCCAGGGUGUUGGUCGAUUGUUUCACCUUCGGUUUUUAAGCUUCGGGGUGAGAAUUUUUUCAGAGAUAAACGAAAGCACCCCGCUUCCGAUUAUAGCCCGUAUGUUCCAAUUGGUGUCGAUUUGUUUGUUUCCAAUCGGAAGAUCGAUCAUAUCGCUCAGCAUGUUGAACUUCCUUGUGUUGAUGUUCAUAAGAAAGUACCUUCGUUGCUGAUUGUUAAUGUGCAGCUACCAACGUAUCCCGCUUCACUCUUUCAUGGCGAUUCCGAUGGCGAAGGGAUCAGUCUUGUUCUAUACUUCAAACUCUCCGAAAGCUUCGAUAAACAAGUCUCUCAUCGUUUUUGCGAAAGCAUUCAGAGAUUAGUGAUGGACGAGAUGGAAAUCGUGAAGUGUUUCACAAAAGAAUCAUUGGUUCCUUAUCGAGAAAGACUCAAAUUGAUGGCUGGUGUAGUCAAUCCCGAAGAUCUUCAAUUGAGUUCUGCAGAACGAAAGCUUCUAAACGCUUAUAACGAUAAACCAGUACUUUCACGCCCUCAACACGCAUUCUAUCGGGGACAUAAUUACUUUGAAAUUGACCUAGAUAUACAUCGAUUCAGCUACAUUUCACGGAAAGCACUUGAUGCAUUCCGGGGACGAUUGAAACAUGGGAUUCUUGACAUUGGUUUAACGAUUCAGGCACAACAUCCUGAAGAACUACCGGAGCAAGUUUUAUGCUGUGUUAGGCUUAACAAGAUCGACUUUUCUGAUCAUGGUCAAAUCCCAAGAAUUUUAAUACCAAAUAGUGAUUAAUGUUACAGAAAAACGAGUCGCUUUAUUCUUUUAUAACCAAAACGUCACUUGUUCAAGUCAUUGAAAGAGUCUUCUGUUUCACGAGUGAGAAGAACAUUGUAUUGAUUCUUUAUUACAACUCUUGAGGGGUUCUAAUGCGCUGAAAGCAAUGUAAAUAACUGAAUGUUAUUAUGUUGUUUCUCAUUUCAAGAGAAAUCAUGAUUUGAUCAAGUUCGAUUAAGAGAACCAAAGAGGUCCAUAUUCCAUAA